CAUUUGCACUUGUUAGAUUCUUUGUAAUUGUAAUUACUAAUACAAUGGAAACUGUGCUACAUUCGCGAUCAAGCACAUUAGAUACAGGGAGUGAAUCUGAUAAAAUAAAAGCAGCAUCAGCACCUAUUAUACCCGCGGUAACUUCGGGAGAAGCCAAGUUAACGAUCCAAAUAUCUGCUCCUUCCUAUUUGCAUUCUUUAAAAGAGAAUGAAGCACCACCGUUUAGAAAACCGGAGCAUGAAGCCAGGCCGAAAUUACUGAUUGGGACAAUCGUCUCUGAAAGCGAUGUUAUCGAAAUUAUUUCUCGUGCGAAUAGCGACUGUUUGAAAAGUUCAUUAGGUGAAUUCCUAGUGAAAAAAAAUGUUGUGCCAAAUUAUCAACUUUCCGAAAAGAACUUUUUAAUAAGCUUCCUGAUGGAAACUAUAGACUAUAGUGCACAAAGGGACUUCUCUGCUGAAAAACUAGCCUGUCUUAUGACACUUUAUAUUUCUACUCACUUGUAUUUCAAGUGGUAUUACUGGACACCACCAGCAGCAGUUUGGAAAUAUUUUAAGGAAAUAAUGAUAAGGCAUACUAUAGAGGAUUCCCCGGACGGCCAAGAAGUAUUUGACCCAGAAGAAUGUUAUGACAUUGUAACUCAUUUCCAUACAGUGUAUUUGAGCAACUUGCCCCUAAUUCACUUGCUUACCUUUGGAGGAUUCCGCCUAAAGCUUUUAUGGCCAUUUAAACAAAAAUAGAUAGUGUGUAAAAUGCAAUGACUGUUUUAUUUUUGGGUUUGUAAUUGAAAGAACUGAAUAAUUCUUUUCAUGUUUAUUUAUACGGAUAUAAGUUGAAACAAUACAUGUUUUUGAAGUGA